GGAAAGCUAAGCUGUGAUCUAAUAAUUCAUAACUCCCAUUCUCCCCGCCUAAGUUCCCACCUCUCUGCCUCUCUGUUCUGCCAUGUCUUGCCACUCUUUCCAGCCAGGUUUCAGGUGCGGAAGUCGGAACUUUAGUUCAUUCACAGCUGUCAUCCCCCGGACGGUGACCCAUUAUGCAGUGAGCAAGGGGCACUGCCGACCUGGGAGUGGCGGGGGCCUCCGAGCCCUGGGCUGCCUCGGCUCACAGAGCCUGUGCAACGUGAGCUUCGGGAGGCCCCGGGUUGCCUCUAGGUGCUGCCUGCCUAGCUUUGGGUACCGAGCAGGAGGCCCCUGUGGGCCUUCUCCUUGCAUAAACCCCGUCACCAUCAAUGAGAGUCUGCUGGUGCCACUCGAGUUAGAGAUUGAUCCAACUGUGCAGAGGGUGAAGAGGGAUGAGAAGGAGCAGAUCAAGUGCCUCAACAAUCGCUUUGCAUCCUUCAUCAACAAGGUCCGGUUCCUGGAGCAGCAGAACAAGCUGCUGGAGACCAAAUGGAACUUCCUGCAGCAGCAGAGGUGCUGCCAGAGCAACAUAGAGCCCAUCUUCGAGACCUACAUCUGCGCCCUCCGGAGGGAGCUAGAUUGUGUGGCUGGGGAUCGAGCAAAGCUGGAGUCAGAGCUCUGUAGCCUCCAGGACGUGCUGGAGGGCUACAAGAAAAAAUAUGAAGAGGAGCUCUCCCUGCGACCUAGUGCUGAGAAUGAGUUUGUCGCCUUGAAGAAGGAUGUGGACACAGCCUUCCUGAUUAAGGCAGACCUGGAGACGAAUGUGGAGGCUCUGCUCCAAGAGGUCAACUUCCUGAGAAGCCUGUAUGAGGAGGAGAUCUGCCUGCUCCAGUCUCAGAUCUCAGAGACCUCGGUCAUUGUGAAGAUGGACAAUAGCAGGGAGCUGGAUGUGGAUGGCAUCAUUGCUGAUAUCAAGGCUCAGUACGAUGACAUCGCCAGCCGCAGCAAAGCUGAAGCAGAAGCCUGGUACCAGUGCCGGUAUGAGGAGAUGAGGAUGACAGCUGGAAACCACUGUGACAACCUCCGCAACCGCAAGAAUGAGGUCCUGGAAAUGAGCAAGCUGAUCCAACGGUUGCAGCAAGAAAUUGAGAAUGUCAAAGCCCAGCGCUGCAAACUCGAAGGUGCCAUAGCUGAGGCAGAGCAGCAGGGCGAGGCAGCCCUCAGCGACGCCAAGUGCAAGCUGGCCGGGCUGGAGGAGGCCCUGCAGAAGGCCAAGCAGGACAUGGCCUGCCUGCUCAAGGAGUACCAGGAGGUGAUGAACUCCAAGCUGGGGCUGGACAUCGAGAUCGCCACCUACAGGCGUCUACUGGAGGGUGAAGAGCACAGGCUGUGCGAAGGUAUCGGGCCUGUGAAUAUCUCUGUGAGCAGCUCCAAAGGUGCUGUCCUCUAUGAACCCUGUGUAGUCAGCACACCCAUGAUGAAGACGGAGUACUGCCCAGCAGGCACCAGUGUCUUGCGGAGCAGUGGAGGCUGCAGCAUUGUGGGAACCAGUGAACUCUACAUCCCCUGCGAGCCCCAGGGGAUGCUGAGCUGUGGGAGUGGGCGGAGCUCCAGCAUGAAGCUAGGGGCUGGGGCCAGCUCCUCUGGCCAUAAGUGUUAG